AUGUCUGUUCGCAGUGUUAUCGUGAGUCGCUUGCCGCCACGGCAACCAGCUCUCCUCCGCACCUCACUUAGAUCCUAUUACUCACAGCAUCAUCCCGAUCUUCCGCCAUUCCCCCAAGCGCAAGAGGCUAUUCUCUCCGCCGCCUUGAAGCGAGUUCCCGAAUAUGGCUUCUCUGAAAAAGCUCUCACCCUUGGAGCUCGAGAUGCCGGUUACCUCGAUGUGUCCGUUCAACUGUUCCCUCGCGGCGUCUUCGAUGUCGUAAAUUACCACCUGGUCACGCAGCGGCGGGCCUUGAAAGAUGCUGUACAGUUUCCGGACGAUGCAAAGCUCGGUGUUGGUCGUAAGAUUAAGACUCUCGCCAUGACUCGACUGCGUGCGAACAGAGACGUAAUUCAACAUUGGCAAGGAGCUCUUGGUCAUAUGUCGUUGCUUGAAAACCUGCCCGCAUCUUUGAAAGAGCUCAAUCUGUUAGCAGACGAGAUGUGGUAUCUCGCAGGCGAUACUGCCGUCGACUUCUCGUGGUACACCAAGCGAGCAACCCUGGCUGCGGUCUAUGCGAGCUCGGAGCUUUUCAUGACCACAGACACUUCUCAAGAUUUUGCCUCGACGGAAGAGUUUCUCGACCGCCGGCUGGAAAGCGUUCAAAAGGUGGGAGGCGCCGUUGGCGGAUUCACCCAGUAUGUUGGCUUCUGGGCGGGCAACAGCCUCAAUUUAGCCCGAUCUUGGGGCAUGCGAUUCUGA